GAGCUGCCCGUAACGAAUGGACCAACUUCUAAUGGAUAUGAUUGUUCUCUCUUGAAAUUUGAAUCUUAGAAUUGUUCGAUAAUAAGUUCAUUCCAGUCAUGAUUGCUAUCGGACUCGAAGGCUCCGCCAACAAACUUGGGGUGGGCAUUAUGCUCCAUCCCGAGGAUGGCAGCACCCCGCGGGUCCUUGCUAAUAUUCGUCACACCUAUGUCUCCCCUCCAGGUGAGGGAUUUCUUCCCAAAGAUACUGCGCGGCACCAUCGCUCUUGGGUAGUGAAGCUUGUAAAGAGAGCGCUCAGAGAAGCUCGUAUCUCAGUCCGUGAUGUGGACUGCAUCUGCUUUACCAAGGGCCCUGGCAUGGGUGCUCCGCUUCAGAGCGUCGCUGUGGCUGCCCGGACGCUGAGUCUAUUAUGGGGCAAAGAAUUAGUUGGUGUGAACCAUUGCGUUGGACAUAUUGAGAUGGGCAGACUAAUCACUGGCUCCACCAAUCCUGUCGUUCUAUACGUCUCAGGAGGUAACACACAGGUGAUUGCCUACAGUUCGCAAAGGUAUCGGAUCUUCGGUGAAACUCUCGAUAUCGCCGUGGGCAACUGCCUGGAUAGAUUCGCCCGAACAUUGCACAUCUCCAACGAUCCCGCACCAGGGUACAACAUCGAGCAACUAGCGAAGAAGGGCAAGCAGCUGGUCGAUUUGCCGUACACAGUGAAGGGCAUGGACUGCUCCUUUUCAGGAAUCCUCGCCGCCAUUGACGGAUUGGCUGCAUCCUACGGCUUGAACGGCGAAGGGAAAGAAGAAGAAGAGGGUGCAGGAGAUGAUUCUAAACCCACACGCGCAGACCUGUGCUUCUCGCUCCAGGAGACUGUGUUUUCCAUGCUCGUUGAGAUUACCGAGCGCGCUAUGGCGCAUGUGGGCUCCAAGGAAGUCCUCAUAGUCGGCGGCGUCGGGUGCAAUGAACGAUUACAGGAGAUGAUGGGAAUCAUGGCUCGCGAUCGCGGUGGUAGUGUCCAUGCGACGGAUGAGAGAUUCUGUAUUGACAAUGGAAUCAUGAUCGCGCAGGCAGGUUUACUCGCGUACAAGACAGGUUUCCGCACUCCGUUGAAGGAGUCGACUUGUACGCAGCGGUUCCGAACAGACGACGUGUUUGUAAAAUGGAGAGAUUAAUAUGAGCACCAGUCAUGAUGAUGACACAUACGGCCCGGUCUACAGACAUAACCAUUCGCCUUGUAAUACUGGGAGUCGCCAUUAGGGACCUCUGUGUAUAGGAGAGCUUGAUACUUCUAUCUCGUAUGGAAAAGGCCUGCAGUUGCUCGAUGCUAAGAAAUAAAAAUUGUACAUCGCUUGGGAAAUCUAGUCGGUAAAUACGGGAAUGGGAAGAUCACCU